UAUCUGAUGAAGAAUCGUCACUAGAUAGAAUUAAAUUGUUAUCAUGGAACAUCGAUGGUCUUUCUGAGGAUAGCAUCAAAGAACGAACAAGUGCUGUAAUCUCGAUUAUAAAUAGGGAAAGACCUGAUGUAGUAUUUCUACAAGAAGUCAUACUUGAUACGUUGGAGAUGCUGUCCAGAAAAUGUCUAGAGUAUACGUUUAUAGAAUCAGGUGUUGAAUGUUAUUUUACAGUCAUUAUGGUGAAGCAAAAUGUUGUACAGGUUACAGACUCAAAAAUCAUUCCUUUUACUAGCAGUAAACAGGAGAGAACGUUACAAAGAGUUGAGUGUACAAUAAAAGGUUUACCUUGCCUGUUGAUGGCAUCACAUUUGGAAAGUAUGAAAACCAACAGUGAUGAGAGGAAACAUCAGCUGAAAAGAGCUUUGCACCAUGUGAUAAAUGCUAGUCGUGACAGAACUGUGCUUUUUGGCGGAGACUUUAACGUUAGAGACAGAGAGAUACGUGAAAUCAAGGGACUUCCCAAAGGUGUCUUGGACAUUUGGAUAGAAACCGGAAGAAACAAAGAAACACAGUUUACGUGGGACACAUCUAUCAACACAAACCUGAAAUGGGUUGAACAUCAAGACUUCAAACCUAAAAUUAGAUUCGAUCGCAUAUAUAUGAGACAUCCAAAAACAGAACCAGUUAUAACUCCAGUGUCGUUUCAGCUGAUUGGUAAAGGAAAAAUUCCCACAUGUGGUUUAUUCCCUAGUGAUCACUGGGGUCUUCUUGUACAUUUUGACAUAAAAAUCAACACAACCUAGCUAUAAUGUUAGCACAUACAAUGUACAUAUUGACUGUGAACUUUUUUUUUAUAAACAAUCAGAUUUCUUAAUGUGUAGUAUAACUUAACUGCGUUAAGCAGUGACGCUUUUACAUUUUAGCGGUUUUUUUAUGCACGUCGAUCUACUUCUAGUUGUCAGUAAUACUGUAUCUGGUCAGUGAUUGGUUUUACGGUAAUUUCAAGAAGAUGAAAUAUAACUUCGCAUUGUAUGGAGCAGAAAAAGGAGAUGUCUAGGGGGUUGUAGCACUCUUUUCUUCGAGAAUUUGUUUUAUUAUAUACUCCGGUACAAAUUGCAGUAUAUAUAACUGAACUGCGUUAAGCAGUGGCGCAUGGAUAUUUCAGCGUUUUUAUCUUGUGUUCAUCUAUUUAAGAGAGAGAGAGAGAGAGAGAGAGAGAGAGAGAGAGAGAGAGAGAGAGA